GGCUGGGGAGCGGCCCGGGACGGGCGGGAUCUGCGCGGCCCCUCAGCCCAGGAGCCGGGCCUCCUUGGUCCUGGAUCUCCCAGGCGCAGGAGACAUGGCCGCUCCCCGCGACGCCGAGAUCCGGGAGUAUGUACAGACCUACUACGGGCAGGUGCUGAAGAAAUCUGCAGACCUCCAGACCAAUGCCUGUGUCACCGCAGCCAGGCCGGUCCCCAAGCGCAUCUGGGAAGCCUUGCAAAAUGUACACGAAGAAGUAAUCUUGAGGUAUUAUGGCUGUGGUCUAGUCAUCCCUGAGCAUCUAGAAAACUGCUGGAUUUUGGAUCUGGGCAGUGGAAGUGGCAGAGAUUGCUAUGCACUUAGCCAGCUGGUUGGUGAGAAGGGACACAUCACUGGAAUAGAUAUGACCAAAGAUCAGGUGGAAGUGGCUAAAAAGUAUCUUGACUAUCACAUGGAAAAAUUUGGCUUUCAGGUGCCCAAUGUGACUUUUAUUCAUGGCUGCAUUGAAAAAUUGGGAGAGGCUGGAAUCAAGAAUGAGAGUUACGAUAUUGUUGUAUCAAAUUGUGUUAUUAACCUUGUGCCUGACAAACAACGAGUAUUGCAGGAGGUGUACCGAGUACUGAAGCAUGGUGGGGAGCUAUAUUUCAGUGACGUCUAUGCUAGCCUUGAAUUGCCAGAAGAAAUUACAACGCACAAAGUUUUAUGGGGUGAGUGCCUGGGUGGUGCUUUGUACUGGAAGGAUCUUGCCAUUCUUGCCCAAAAAGUUGGGUUCUGCCCUCCACGUUUGGUCACUGCCAAUCUCAUUACAAUUCAGAACAAGGAACUAGAAAGAGUUAUUGGUGAUUGUCGUUUUGUUUCUGCAACAUUUCGCCUCUUCAAAUGCCCUAAGACAGAACCAACCAAAAGAUGCCAAGUUAUUUAUUGUGGAGGAAUCACAGGACAUGAAAAGGAGCUAAUAUUUGAUGCAAACUUUACAUUUAAGGAAGGUGAAAUUGUGGAAGUGGAUGAAGAAACAGCAGCUAUCUUGCAGCAUUCACGAUUUGCUCAAUAUUUUCUGAUCAGGCUUCUUGGAGAGAAGUUGCCAACCUCUGGAGGCUCUUUUGCUUUAGAAUUAAAGGAUAUAAUCACAGACCCAUUUAAGCUUGCAGAAGAUUCUGACAAUACGAAGUCCAUAUGUGUCCCUGAGGUUGCCGGAGGCUGCUGUGGCACAAAAAAAUGCUGCUGAAUCUACAGCCUACUAAGAGACCAUCUGGAUCAGAGACUAAGGAGUGAUUUGCAUAAGAAAUAAUAAAUGGCAGAAAGCCACCAUGGUCUAGAUCACUGAUAAAAAUAAAUGAAUUGAUUUUAGGAAUUAUUAAUUAAAGGUUCACAGCAAAUCACUUGAAGACUCGUUAAGUAGAUUUUUUUCUAUUUCUUAACAGAUUCAUUGUUCCAGUGCCAUUUAGUGGGAAAUGGAACUGAGAAGCUAUCUUAAGGCUUGGUCAAGGGGCAAGAAAAUCUUCAGAAAUGAUAGUUGGUGGAGGA